AUUUAUUUGAGGAAAUGUAAUGCCACAAGUUGUAGCAGUGAUCUCAUCACUUCCUAAUAAAGCAGCAGGGAGGACAGCAGACCAGCAGAACAACCAGAGGCAGAAAGACAGAAAAGAGGAGGAGCGUAUACACUCAUUGCGUCAUUUAUUAGUCUCAAGAACAGAUUUAUUGUCCACUAGAGAAUCACUGCUAGGUUGUGUAUAUAUGUGAGUGUGUUGGACUGGACUCACAAGAGAAAAAGAGAAACAUCUCACAGAGAGAAGAUUUUCUCACAGCAUAUCUUCAACUGCUCAACCAACAUGUCUCACCCAGGUCAGGAACAAGAUGAACAAAUGCAGCGUCCUGAGGUGAGCGAGGAGGACGUGACUCAAACAAUUAAUAAACUGGGUAAGAGUGGACCAGCGAAGAGCAAGACAAUCGAAGUAAUGGAGGAGUGCGAGAAAAUUGGUAAAGCUGCUCCCUCUGUGUUCAGUGGAGCGAGGUCAGGAGUGGAGACUGUUUUGAACACACGCUCGGCUCGACCAGUCAGGAAGUAGCAUUGGACUUCCUGACCAUGGUUGGACAACACCUGUUCCACUUCAGGGGUUUGGGAUCAGUUGU